AUGUCUGGAAUUCUUCGCGUAGACCCUCAGCCCUUGGAAAGCCACGGCGAUGGAUAUGAGCGCGGGUCUAUAAAACAACGCCAGAACUCGGAGAAGGCGCGUCAAAUCGGAACACACCCAGACGAGAAGAAGAGUGAGAACAAGACCCCAUUUCAUGCCGGUGCGAAAAUUGAAUUGACUCAAUAUUAG